AUGCGUUUCCGCGUCGACCCGGGAAUCUCUCGAUGCUGGAUCCUUCGAAGGGGGUUUCUCGUCCGCGCUUCGGCCAGUUCCUCUCUUCGGAAACAUGAGAGUCAGCACACUGCUCCGGGAAGGGGAGAGUGUCCAGAAUGUGGGAAGUUUUUCACUUGGAAAUUAAGCCUGGUGCGACAUCAGAGAAUUCACUCCGGGGAGAAACCCUACGAAUGCCCAGAAUGUGAGAAGCGAUUUACGUAUCCUCAUGAUCUUGGAAAACACAAAAUGACGCACAAAGGAGGAGAAUGUGAGGAGGGUGGGAAACGGGACACAGGGACACACACUGGGAUUCAUCAGAGCAGCCACACAGGAGAGAAGCCCUAUAAAUGUGGGGAGUGUGGAAACUCCUUUGUUCAAAAGGGAGGCCUCUUUGAACAUCUGAAGAUCCACUCGGGGGAGAAGCCCUUUCAGUGCAUCGAGUGUGGAAGGUUUUUCCUUACAAGAGGAGGCCUCAAACGCCACGGGCAGGUUCACAAAGGGGCAAAAGAUUACAAAUGUUUAGACUGUGGGGCAGCGUUUUCUUAUUUGUCCACCCUUAGAAGUCACAACCGCAUAAAGCACGUAGGAAUGACGUCCCUUAAAGGCGAUAGAUCGAAUGCAGAAGUGAUGUCCUUUACAUGCUCGGAGUGCGGUAAAUGCUUUUACAGGAAAACGCAUCUUUUGAAGCAUCAGAUCACUCAUACCGGAGAAAAACCUCAUCAGUGCCUGGACUGCGGGAAAUAUUUCGCUCAGAAAGAAUAUCUUAAAAGGCACGAGAGAGUUCACACCAGGGAGAAACCUUACAACUGUGGGGAAUGUGGCAAGGCCUUCGCCCGCAGCCACGAUCUUCGGGCCCACGAGCAGAUUCACACAGGGAUAAAGCCUUAUAAAUGCUCAGCGUGUGGAAUGAGUUUCACUCAUACGUCAUCUCUUCGGAGUCAUAAGAAAACACACGGCCGUCGGAAAAAAUGA